AGAGCGUCCUUACAUUUUGGCGGGUCCGGGUGGUUGUGACGUAAGGAGCGUGGUGUGGGCGGGGCGUGGGGGGCAGCAGCGGUUAGAGCCGAGUGGAGACGAACGGGGCCGAUAGCGACCGAAACGUCACUGUCAAGAUGUCCGACGACGAGCAGGAGCGGACCAUAGCCGAGGACCUGGUGGUCACAAAGUACAAGAUGGGCGGUGACAUCGCCAACCAGGCUCUUCGUCUGGUGGUCGAAGCAGCCAAGCCUGGGGUGUCUGUUGUCAGCCUCUGUGAGAAGGGGGACGCAUACAUCAUGGCUGAGACCGGAAAGGUCUUCAAGAAGGAAAAGGAAAUGAAGAAAGGCAUUGCCUUUCCCACCAGCGUCUCAGUCAAUAACUGUGUUUGCCACUUCUCUCCCCUGAAGAGUGACCCUGACUACACACUUAAAGAUGGGGAUCUGGUCAAAAUAGAUCUAGGGGUUCACGUUGACGGCUUCAUUGCCAACGUAGCUCACAGCUUUAUUGUGGGAGUCUGUAAGGAGAACCCCAUCACAGGCCGCAAAGCUGAUGUCAUCAAAUCGGCUCAUCUGUGUGCAGAAGCAGCUCUUCGCCUUGUUAAGCCUGGUAACCAGAACACUCAAGUGACAGAAGCCUGGAACAAGAUUGCUCAGUCGUUCAAAUGCUCACCUAUUGAGGGAAUGCUGUCUCAUCAGCUUAAACAACAUGUCAUAGAUGGAGAGAAGACCAUAAUCCAAAACCCGUCAGACCAGCAAAGGAAGGACCAUGAGAAGGCAGAGUUUGAGGUACAUGAAGUCUAUGCUGUGGACGUUUUGAUCAGCACUGGAGAAGGGAAGGCCAGAGAUGGAGGUCUGAGGACCACCAUUUACAAGAGGGACCCCAGUAAGCAGUAUGGCUUGAAGAUGAAAACCUCCCGUACGUUUUUCAGCGAAGUGGAACGACGCUUUGAUGCCAUGCCCUUCACCCUAAGGGCGUUUGAGGAUGAGGCCAAAGCCCGUCUGGGUGUGGUGGAGUGUGCCAAGCAUGAAUUGUUACAGCCCUUCAGUGUGUUGCAUGAGAAAGAAGGAGAGUUUGUAGCUCAGUUUAAGUUCACAGUGCUGCUCAUGGCCAAUGGGCCACACAGAAUCACCAGCGGCCCCUUUGAUCCAGAGCUCUACAAGUCGGAACAUGAAGUUCAGGAUCCAGAGCUAAAGACUUUACUACAGAGCUCAGCAAGCCGUAAAACACAGAAAAAAAAGAAAAAGAAGGCCUCAAAGACUGCAGAAAAUGCCACUGGGCAGCCAGCUGAGGACACAGAAGCAGCAGGAUAAAUAAUAAUAAUAAUAAUGAUAAUAAUAAUUAUUAAACACUGCCUUUCCACACAUGCAAAGACCCCACAGAGAAGCAAGAGAAGACACGUCAAACUCUGCCUUUCAUACUUCCUAGUAGUUUAAUAUCACAAAUUAAACUGAUGAAUUCAUGAGAACUUUGGAAUCCGUUGAAUAGUUGAAGGAUCUUAUGUGGACGACAUGCUUAACCCUUUGCUGCAUUGUAGAAAGGUACCAUGAAAGGAUUUUCAGUUUUUUUUUUCUCUUACCUAAUCUGAACAGAAAUUUAAAAAACUAGUUGCAAAUAGUUCACAAUUUUGAAUAGACUUGUUGCCAAAUGGGUGAAUGUGCGACUGAUGCCUGCUUUUGUUAAUUCCUCGGCACGCAUGCGUUUGCAACACUAUAUUUUUCUUGACCAAUGCAGGAAAGGGUUAAAUUAUGAAUUUCCAAGAUGUAUAGUCAAAAUUGACAGUGAUUACAAGGAUUGUAAUAUAAUAUUUGACUUGAGUUAAUGCAGUGAGGAUUUAUGCUUGCCCUUCUAUCAUUAUGACCUCACCACAUUUUUUUGUUGUUGUUAUCAAACUACAAUGUUUUAAUCACUAGAUUGUUCUUUUAGGUCUAUAACCUGAGCGGAAAACCUGAAUAUUUGUACAAGGGGGAGAAGAAGAAAAAAACAACCUCAAUUGUAAUCACCAUGAAAUUUAGGGAACAAACUGCUACAUUUACUGCCAUUCCCCCUUUAACUUUAUGAAAAAAUAAAAAAAUCUUCAUGUACCAGUUUUAAAAAGUCUUCUAUUUGUGGUACCUGUUUCUUGCUUUACUCCUUCAUUAGUCUUGUGAAUCGUAAAAGCUAAAGCUGAUCUCUAGUCUUUGGGUGUCUUCAGUGGAGCUGGACCAGUGAGAGAUCGUUCAAGAUCUGGGAUGCAACUACAGGUCGGGGACUGAGUUGGGUCAGAUUUGUCCACGAUUUAAUAUGUUGAGAAAUGUAAAUUUCUGCUUUGUUGCUCAGUCGGUGGUUGAUAGAACUUUACAUCUAAUGAAAUAAAAACAUUUUCAUACA